UUGACUGGUCGUUCAGCGAGUUGAAAUCAAAGUGCGCAUACCAAACAUUCCAAUCCACGACCAUGUUCCAGCGAGGAAGAGAAGCUUUCACACCGAAGCUCUUCUAAUUCAUACGCUUACCCUUCACAUCUCUCAAAUCAAAUCUCCAGAUUGGGGAAAGGAAUAUGAUUCAACCCUAAUUUCAAGCAAACCUCCCCCCCCCACUUCUCUCUCUCUCUUUCUCUCACUACAAGUAUAGGUGAUUACAGUUAACGAGAGAGAAGCAAAAAGAAGCACAAUACUAGAAAUGACGAACCACAGACGCGCUCCUUCUUUCAAUCCGACGACCGAGGAAGACAAUGCUCUGUUCCUUGAUAUACUCCACGAAGCUCCUCUGUUCGGUCAUCGAGAAUCUAGAAGUCUUGUUGGAAGCUGCAUUUACCUUAUCAUCUUGGCAGGUUAUGCUGUUUUAGCAGCAGGAGCACCGUUGAUACUUCAGCCUGUACAGUCUCUUAUCCCAUCUCUGCUUUGCAGCUCCAAUGUUGCUCUUUUGAUGUUAACAGGUAUGUUUCAGCAAUAUUUCGUCAAUCAGGUCCAGAAAAUACGCUUGCAGGGCUAUUACAGCUUCAGUCAGAAACUGAAACAUGUAGUUCGUCUGCCUUUUGCCAUCAUGGCGUAUGGAACUGCAUCUAUGCUGCUUUUCAUGGUGUGGAGACCAUAUGUCAGCGUUCUUCCCAUUCUAACUGUGCAGAGGUUUAUCAUGUCCGUUGAAGCAAUUUCGGCUGCUUCGUUUAUGAUUGUAUUUGUUGGUUAUGUUCGCCAGUAUAACUCUGUGAACUCUCAGCCCGAUGUCUUGAAUUCAUUAUAUUCUCCUCUCCAACCAGCUGCUUUGGAAGGAUUGAGAUACCAUGAAGCAGGUCGCCUGUCUGAUCAGCAGAUGGCUCUACUGCAAUAUCAGCGCGAGAAUCUCCAUUAUCUCAGUGAAGAGAUUCUACGUUUACAGGAGUCCUUAAGCAAAUAUGAAGAGUCCAAUGGUACUAGCACGCCCCAGGUUGAUCUGGCACACCUUGUGGCAACUCGUGAUCAAGAAUUACGGACACUUUCUGCUGAGGUGGAUCAACUCCAUUCAGAACUCAACCUUGCUCGAUCUUUGAUCUCCGAGAGGGAUAGAGAGAUACAGCACGUCCGGAAUACCAAUAAUCAGUAUGUAGCAGAGAAUGAGAGGUUAAGAGCUAUUCUGGGAGAAUGGAGUAUGCGUGCUGCAAAGCUUGAACGAGCGCUGGAGGUGGAGAGGAUAACAAAUGUUGAACUGCGGAAGAAAGUUUCGGGUCUGAGAGAGCAAAGGCAGAUGCAAUGAACAAGGUCGUUGGGGGUUUAGCAUAUAUACAGCAUAUAGCUACUAUAUAUUGACUCAUGAAGCAUUGGUUUGUAGACAAUUAUAUUUGUGACAUUGUUUUAUAAGAUAUCUUUGAUGCACAUU